AUGUCAUCCACAUUCACAGCUAUCCAACAACAACAACAGCAACAGCAAGAACCUGUUGUCACCAAUCAACAUCAUCAUAAUUCACUAGUAAUCAAAUCAGUUUUAAAAAAUCGAUAUCUAUUGCGUAACAUUACAAAACACUUUUAUCUCUACGAUCAUCUUGAUCAAAAGAAUAAUUUUGAUUGUUUUCUUUCAACUCUCAAUAAUAAUAAUAAUAAUAAUAAUAAUAAUACAGAUACACCAUUAUCAUCAACAAGACAACAACAACAAUCAUCUUUUUCAUCUUUAUCAACAUCAUCAUCAUCGUCAUUGAUAUGUCGUGACACACAAAUAUUCAAGUAUGGGGACAUUACCGAUUUAAAUUGGGUAUGUCAAAAUCGAUACUUUUCACUACUCAUCUACAAACUUGAGGAAUUACACAAGAGCAAGAGUAAGAGGUCAGGAUCACAGUCUGCCAAGUCAAAAGAGAUUGUUAUUAAAGAUGAAUCUAUUGCAUUGGUAUGCCAAUAUCUGUCUGAUCUUUCAAUGAUCCAAAAGAUAGCUGGUCUACUCUCAUUUAGAAUGUUUACACGGGAUGCUUAUAUUGCUGCCGCCAGUAAUGAGAAUACUCUAGUCUUUCAAUUUAUUGAAAAGAGUUGGAUCCAGUAUGCCCAGAACCUCAACAUUCGCAGAGACACUGUCAGUCUUGCACUAUGUGGUGCACUCGAACGACCCAACCUUGAAACCGUCCGUCACAUCGUCUCCAAACACUCUCUUUUAUUGGAAGGUUCGCUCAACAACCAAUACAUCAAUGCUCAACUACUCCAUCCAGACCUUGACCAAUACAAAUCAUUUUUAAAUCAUCAAGAGCAAGAGAAAGACAUUGAGCCAGAGUCAUCAACAUUGAAACAAUAUUUUAAAAGCAAAUAUACAACAUUUAUACAGUUGAUGACAAUUGACUCUUUCAAAGUACUAGCCAACAACCAAUUACUGGAUAAUAUUAAAGAGAGAUAUCAAUUCCAUGAUAUCUUGAUUCAAUAUUCAGAAUUAUUAAUUAAUCAUUUAUAUAAUCAUUUAAUUAUCAACAAUAAUAAUAAUAAUAAUCAACAACAAAAAAUAAUAAUGCACUCUGAUAUUACAAUAUUACAUUAUAUAUAUUUUAAAAAUUAUGAUCAACAACAACUCAUUGAUCAUCCAUCACAAUUUAAUUUGGAUCAAAUCAUUAAUUAUAUUCAUACUGGUGUUACUGUAGAGCUGACUGAAACACAAGAGAUAGUAGCUCUUUUGGCAGAGGUUAUAUCAAGAAUACCGGGAUUGUAUGGAUACAGAUAUAUAAAAAAGGAUAUUGAACAAUUCCAAGUCGAUCUACCUGAAAAGAUGGUAAUCCUAAUGUUGGCAGCUGGUAGUAACCAUUUAAUCGAUUUGUUACUUGAAAAUACAUUGGUCUAUCCUGCCAAGAGUACUAUUGGUAAUCGUAGUGAAACGACUCUUAGACAAGGGGUGGAACAGUUUAUUAUUGGAAAAGCUAUCCAGUAUGCCAAACCUGAACAGAUGGAAUACUUGCAACAACAAAGAUUCUCAACGUUUUUCACUGCCAUUGGACCUAGCAGUCAACCAUUCUCAUCGCUCUUAUCAUUGGCAUGCGACCAUUACAAUCUUGGUCUAGUGUCAGUUUUACUGUCUAAAGCUGGGUUGGAACCAAUUGCCAAUUUCAAUCUAUCCAAUAUAGUCAUUAAACUAAUCGAAUACAAUGUUCAUCUACUUGUCAUAUUUCGGUUAGUUGAAAGACUUUAUUUUGCAACAUUUGUUAAUAAUAAUAAUAAUUGUCCACCCAUUGCAACAAAUAUAAGAUCAUCUUUAAAACAUGUUGUUUCAUAUUUACAAGAAAAGGUUAAUAGUGAGACUAUCAUGACACGUCAAAGCUACCAACACUACCUAACUACCCUAAUGCAUAAUAUUAUGGCUAUGGCAUGUUAUUUUGGUCGUUUAGAGGUAGUUCAAUUUAUACAUAGUAUCCAUCCAGACCCUUUUACCAGUACAACAACAAACACAAAUGGUAUGGUAAUGAAUUGCUUGGUACGUGGUGGUGUGUAUCGUGUAGAUGAAAUAUUAGAGUUUUUCAAACAGUCCAAUCGAUACGACCCAGUAACUCAACCAACUUACCGAUUGUUGGGUCAAAUUGGAAAAGUCGAUUUGUUAAAAUCAAUCAUCGAGCAUGUCAAGAACCCAUCGUCGCUCAUUCUCUCUGCCACCUUUGAAGAGGCCAUUAUCCAUGGUCGAAUCGAUAUCGUCCGAUUCAUCCAUGAAUCCUAUCCCACCCACUAUGUCAAUAAUGUCGCACUGGCCAUUACACACGGACACUUGGAUAUUGUCCAAUUCAUGGUUGAAGAUGGUUACAAAAACGAUAGACUCGGUAUUAAACUACAUAAAAUUGAAGAGUUGGCAAUCAAACAUUCAAGAAUGGAGAUUUAUGAAUAUGCCAUUCAAAAAGGUUUACAAAAAAAAGAAAUUAAUCAAAAAAAAGAUAUUAAUCAAAAUAAUAAUCAGAAUCAAAAUAAGAAGAACAAUAAUAAUAAUAAUAAUAAGAAGAAUAAUGAUAAAAAGAAAAAGAAUAAGAAUAAGAAAUAA